UAUAGAAAUACAUUUGAUUUGAUUUUGAAUGGAGAAGUUUUGUUAUGGGGCUGCAAAGUUCCCCCUAGCCCCCCUGUAAUUCUAAACCAUGCACACAAUUGAUUGUUUCCCUAUAUGACUACAGGUGGGGUUGGCCAGAAAUGAAGUCAUAACUUGAGCGGCUUCUACAGUCAUGGUCUGGACUUCCAGGAACCUGCUGGCCCACUACUCACUUUUUUUCUAAUCUUACUGUUGUCUCUCAACCGUUUAAAUCUCACACAUUACCUCAAAUAUUGGUCCUAUCACACCACUGUUGUCAAACAACAAUUUGUAAGAAAGUAAUGUUUUUCAAAUUAAUCACAUGUCUUUUCCUGGUUGCUUAAGUGUUCAGACUGCCUACCGAAGACAGCGAACUAAGACCCGGACUGGGAUAUGCCACCAGACAAGAAGUCAUACAAAAACCUUGACACCUGAAUCUUUAAUGGUUUUACUAUAAAAGAUUUUGAAAAACAGUGGGAAUCACAGGAGGCUGGUGAGGAGAGGGUGGCUCAUAAUAAGGGCUGGAAUGGAGUAAAUGGAACAAUCUAACACAUUGAAACCAUGAAUUUGAUGUGUUUGAUACCAUUCCAUUCCAGCCAUUACUAUGAGCCCAUCCUGCCCAAUUAAGGUGCCACCUGUGGUGUGAAUGCUGCCCAUGUCUGACCACUAUGCUUGUGAAACAUAUUCAUUUGAAACAUUUUAUUGUGAUCCAACAGUACACCUGUGAAAUCUAAGACUUUGCCAAUGUGAUGAGUGUUCAGGUCCAGGUGGUGGAUAGGAUGAGGUUUUACAGUGUGAAGUUGCUCUUUAUUCUACAGAAAAUCACUGUGUAAACACACAUCAUCCCUACAUUAUAUCUGUCUUCUAUCACCUUAGAGACUAGUAUUCACAAGCAGCACAUGGAGAAUAUCCUUUGCUAUUUAAUAUGUGAUAUCAUCUUUAUGUAUUGUGAUUGCAUAAGUAAUUGCCUCUGAGGACAAAGUUAUAUGUAUCUAAAUCUGACCUGUAUUAACUCUGAUCACCACUAGAUGGUAGUCACUGACCAGAUUAUGUGGAAUUACAUUUCUAUCCAGAAAAGUAAAUGUGCAUUUGGUAAAGAAUAGUUAUGUUGUAUUUGGUGAAGCCUGUAGACCUGAGACCAGUGGGGUAGAUGGCAAAGCAGGAUCAAUUAUUUCUGAGCUAGAUCAACGUGCUCUGAAUAAAACAUCAUUACAUGACAUGUAUAUAAAGUCUUAACUGUGCACUUGGAAGUCCACCCCCUCUGAUUCAGAUAAAAGGGGUGGAGAAUGUAAAGAGAACUGAAAGUAGAAAAAGUUUGAGACAAAGCGUUACUGGGAGUUAUCUGUCCAACACAGACACAUUUGAUCUACAAUGGCCACACCCGUUCCACAGCGGCUGCUGGCUACCCUAGAAAAACUAGACAAGGCUACAUUUGAGAUCUUCCAGUGGAACCUGAUGCAGGAAACACUCGAAGGCUUCACUCCCAUGUCAACCGCCAGACUAGAGGACGCUAACAGGCACACGACAGUGAGUAAGAUGGUGCAGGCCUAUAAGAAAGAAGGUGCCAUGAAAAUCACACAGAAGAUCCUGGAGAACAUGGGAAUGAUUGAUCUAGCAGAUAAGUUAAAGACAGACGGUGAUAAAGAUCAAGCUGCUACUCCCCAGUCUAGCCAGGAUCAAUCUGCAGUCAUGGAGACAAAGCAGUAUGGUGCACAAUUUGUGGAUGAUAACAUGGAAAAACUUGUUCAAAGGAUUACCAUGGUGAUGCCAAUAGCAGAUGGCCUAUACCAGAAGAAAAUGAUCCAUGAUGAGGAUUACUCUGAAAUCACUGCGGCCCAAACCAGUAUGUCAAAGAUGAGAAAGCUGUAUGUGGCCCUGAAACCAGGAGGAGCGGUGGCUAAAUCAGCCUUUUACCAAAUUCUACUGGAACAACAAUCUCUUCUAGUUGAAGAACUGGGUGGGGUUGGCCAGAAAUGAAGUCAUAACUCGAGCGGCUUCUACAGUUUUGGUCUGGGCUGACUUUUUUUCAAAUCUCACACAUUGCCUCAGAAAUAUUGGUCCUUUCACAAUACUGUUGUUAAACAACAAUGUGUAACAAAAUAUAUAUUUUUUUUAAAUAUCGAAUCAGACCAUGUCAUUUCCUGGUUGCUUAAGUGUUCAGACUGCCUACAGCGAACUAGGACCCGGAUUGGGAUUUGCCACCAGACAAGAGAAGUCAUACAAACACCUUGACAUCUGAAUCUUUAAUGGUUUUACUAUAUAAGAUUUUGAAAAACAGUGUGUGUGAAUCACAGGAGGCUGGUGAGGAGAGGACGGCUCAUAAUAAGGGCUGGAAUGGAGGAAAUGGAAUGGUAUCAAACAGAUUGAUCUAUGAGCUCGUCCUCCCAAAUUAAGGUGCCAUCUGUAUCGGGAAUGCUGCCAAUGUCUCACCAUUAUGCCUUAAACAUACAUGGAAACAUAUUCAUUUGAAAAAAAAAAUGUUGUGAUCCAAUACUACAUCUGUGAAAUAAAAGAGUUCGUCAAUGUGGUGAGUGUUCAGGUCCAGGUGGUGGAUAGGAUACAUUUUUACUCACAGUGUAAAGUUGCUCUUUAUUCGACAGAAAAUCACUGUGUAAACACAAAUCAUCACUACAUGUGCACUUAAUAACUGUGUCAGCUCGGAGAGCAGCCCAUACAGACCUGUAUUUAC